UUGCCGGCAAAAUUGUUUGACGCGCAAUGAAUUCAAGUCAACCAACACAAGCGGCUCCCGGCAAUCGUAUAACAUUUACGAGUCAACAGCUACCCAAUGGUACCAUCAAUAUUGGGGGUGCACACGGUGGUUCAAUAAUAUCAACAUCACAAUUGCCCAAUACGACGACAAUUAAGACAAUAACAUCCAGUGCGGCUGGCCAACAGCAGCAACAUCAUUCAUUACCACAACAGGUACAAGUUCAACAUCAUCAGGUUUUACAAACAACAGGUCAGCAACAGGGCAAUCCAGUUGGUGCUGGUGGCCCUCAGCAACCACAACAAUCAGUAGGUGCCACACAAACGCAAACCUUAGUUAUAAAAUCUAAUCAUGCCGUUUCAUUACCGGCGGGUAUUGUCUCAAGUGCACCCGGAAUAGUAACUAUGACCAAGACCAUACAGCAGGGUGGUCAACCAAUUAUUAAUUCCAUGCUACCAGCUGGUGUAGUAGUCGGUAUGCGUCCUCCUGCUUCACAACAACAACCAAAGAAUGUCCAAGGUAAUACAAUGGGAAGAGUGGUCGUCGGAGGGCCACAUAUGGUGGGAACAAGACCUCAAAGUCCGUCGAUAACACUAAGUACACUAACCCCGGGGCAAACGCCUGCACUCAUUUUGAAAACCGAAAAUGGAUAUCAAUUAUUGCGCGUAGGGGGUGCUACAUCGGGCCCGGUGACACAAACAAUUGGCACUAAUUCCACAAACCCAACACAAAUACGCUUGCAAACUGUUCCAGCUGCUUCAAUAUCAAAUACCUCAACGGCCAACAGCAUUGUGGUAAAUUCAGUGGCAAAUUCCUCCAAUUCCCAGCCCACACAUGUCUAUACAUCCCAGGCCAAUAUAUCAGCGUUAUCACAUCAACAGCAAACAACGACAAAUGUUGUUACAUCGAUGCAGCAUCAGCACCAACAACAAUCACAACAGCAACAACAAUUCCAUACGCAGACGCAACAUUUACAAAGUCAACCUCAAAUAACUCAAAUACAGACAAUACCAGCGCAUCAAACAUCAUCAGGAGCCACCCACCUACAGCAAACAAAUCAACAGCAUCAGCAACAACAACAACAGCAUUCAUCAACAAAUAACACAACAAUGAACAAUGUGAAUAGCGGUUCUAAUGCGGGGACAACAACGACUACAACGCCCCAAAGUGCAGCGGCUCAGGGUAAUACCAAAGAAAAGUGUCGAAAAUUUCUCGCCAAUCUAAUUGAUUUGUCAACGCGAGAACCCAAACCGGUGGAGAAAAAUGUUCGCAAUCUAAUACAGGAACUUGUAAAUGCCAAUGUGGAACCGGAAGAAUUUUGUGAUCGUCUGGAAAGACUAUUGAAUGCCAGUCCCCAACCAUGUCUGAUAGGAUUUCUGAAGAAAAGUUUACCAUUACUGCGACAAGCAUUGUUUACAAAAGAAUUGGUAAUUGAAGGGAUUAAACCACCGCCGCAACAUGUUGUGGGAGGUAUUACCAUACAACAACAAUUGCCGAAAAUUCAAGCACAGAUCCGUCCCAUUAGUCAAAAUCAAACAACAACAAUAGGACAGACACAAGUGCGCAUGAUAUUACCUGCCUCAGCGUCUAGACCCAUAGGUCACACGACCAUAACAAAACAACCGGCUAGUGGUAUACGUAUACAGGGCCCGGCAAAUGGACCCCGUUUAAUAAAUACUCAGAUAAGAGGACCAAUGUCGCAACAAACAACGACGCAAUUGCAAACACAAUCGUCACAUGCGAAUAUUGUCCAAAUUCGUGCUCCCACAGCCACACAAAUUAGUCGCCCCGCCACGGUUCAAAUACGUACAUCCAAGGGAAAGAAUACAACGACGCCAACGGCUAGUCCUGGUGCUGGCAUAACACAUGUUAAAGUGGGGCAGACACAAAUUAAAGCUAUUUCCUCAUCGCCCUCACCUGCCAUUUCAUCACAACCACCAUCUUUGGCUGCCAUUUCCAAUAAUAUACCCACAGGUUCGACGUUGUCGUCAUCCGCAUCGAUUCUCUCCACCAUCAAUUCGGUAGCUAGCAAUGCUGUGUGUAGUGUAUCCGGCCUGCCGAUACCUUCAUUACCCACCGUGCAAUUACCGCCAGCCGUGUUGGCCCAACAGCAACAACAGCAGCAGCAGAUCCAGCUGCAGAAUUCGACACAUUCGUUAAUAAGCACAAAUACUUCGUCUCUAUCAGUGGAUCAAAUAAAAACGGAAAUCAAAACGGAGAAUUUGAAAAGUGGUGGCAUAGCGACAAUUGUCUCAGCGCCCUCAACACCCACUCAACAAGCUAACAAAGCGCCUGCCAAAACAACAACAGCCUCCGUCAAUAAGGCAGCGGCGAAAAAGAAAAGAGAUUUAGCGGAUAAGGAUCGCGAUGACUUGAAAAUCAACAACUCAACAUCGGCGGCAUCCAGUGCCGCGUCAUUUUUCCAACAACCUUCCAUAUCAAUGUCAUCAUAUGGAGAUGAUGACAUCAAUGAUGUUGCCGCUAUGGGUGGUGUCAAUUUGGCCGAGGAGACGCAGCGUAUAUUGGGCUGUACGGAAAAUAUCGGCACACAAAUACGUUCGUGUAAAGACGAAGUGUUUCUCCAUUUACCCGCCCUGCAAGCACGUAUACGUGCAAUGGUAAUGGAACGUGGCCUCGAAGAACCAUCACAAGAUGUAGCUGUGCUAAUAUCUCAUGCCUGCCAGGAACGACUGAAAAAUAUUGUUGAAAAGCUGGCAGUAAUAGCGGAACAUCGAAUUGAUGUUAUUAAAUUGGAUCCCCGUUAUGAAGUAACAAAGGAUGUCCGCGGACAAAUUAAAUUUUUAGAAGAACUCGAUAAGGCUGAACAAAAACGUCACGAAGAAUUGGAACGUGAAAUGCUAUUACGUGCAGCAAAAUCGAGAUCAAAAAUUGAAGAUCCCGAACAAGCAAAAAUGAAAGCGAGGGCAAAAGAAAUGCAACGCGCUGAAAUGGAGGAAUUAAGACAACGAGAUGCCAAUUUAACAGCUUUACAAGCCAUUGGUCCUCGCAAGAAAUUAAAAUUGGAUGGUGAGGGUGCGGGUUCUGGCCUGGGUGCAAGUAACGUUUUAGGAACAUCCGGAACGCCACCGGCACCAUUAAGGCCGCGUAUCAAGCGUGUCAAUUUACGUGACAUGCUAUUCUUCAUGGAACAAGAACGUGAAACGUGUCGAAGCCAAAUGUUAUAUAAGGCAUAUCUUAAGUGAUGCAUUAUUUUUAGAAUACACUGUAUAAAGAAGA